AAAAAAUCUAAAACAAGCCUCCGGUGGUUUGGACCAUCCUAAAAGAAAAAGGAAGAAAGUGUUUGGGGAAGGUUAGGGUUCCGGGAAGCUGAGGGAGGGGGCGGGCGUCCCAGGCACUGUAACUUCCUCUUGCGCUGCCUUUGGGAAGAGGAUGGGCCUGAGGUCCUGAAAGGGCCUUUCCAGUCCCCCACUACAAAUGCGGGGAGGGAAAAGUUCAGAAGCAGCCGCGAAGGGACAAAAGCUUAAUGCUGCCAGUUGAACUGGACAGGGCAGUCAAUAAACCCAGCCAGCUCUGGAGACAGGUAGGGGCUCCUGUUGGUUCCACAGAGGCUGAAGCAGCCCCGCCGCCGCCCUCGCCACCGCAGCCGCCGCCGCCGCCGCGGCCCCUGCGUUACUGGGGGAGACGGUGCCGCUGCGACAGGGGAGGACGCGGCUGGAGCUCAAGGAGGCUCCAGCGCGCAGGCGCCGCCGAGCCCUGCCUGGAUGCUCAGUCAAGGCACUAAGGCAAAAAAAAAAAAAAAAAAAAAAAAAAAAGAAAAAAAAAAAGAAAAAAAAAGAAAAAAAAAGAAAAAGAAAAAAAGAAAAAAAAAUCAGCAAUUUAUAGAAAGAAGAAGCUAUAGUCUGUCGGGAUAUCCAACACCAACAGUAGGGCUUACUGAGAGCUCCAUUUCUGGAAAGCCUUUCAAGACUGAGGACUAUCAGACUGCGAAUCACCGGGAACGGUUCCUUUGCAGCACAGAAGCAAUCUCUCUCCCCAUCUUCGCAUAUUCUGAUGGCAAAACAAGUGGAAGAAAAGAGGAAGCAUGACUGCAGAUCAGAUCAGUUCUGUUUGUGGAUUAUAUUUUCAGUAAAAUGUAUGGAUCUAUCUUUUCCUUGUUCUUAUGUCUAGAUCAUGAGACUUGACUGAGGCUGUAUCCUUAUCCUCCAUCCAUCUAUGGCGAACUAUAGCCAUGCAGCUGACAACAUUUUGCAAAAUCUCUCGCCGCUAACAGCCUUUCUGAAACUGACUUCCUUGGGUUUCAUAAUAGGAGUCAGCGUGGUGGGCAACCUCCUGAUCUCCAUUUUGCUAGUGAAAGAUAAGACCUUGCAUAGAGCACCUUACUACUUCCUGUUGGAUCUUUGCUGUUCAGAUAUCCUCAGAUCUGCAGUUUGUUUCCCAUUUGUAUUCAACUCUGUCAAAAAUGGCUCUACCUGGACUUACGGGACUCUGACUUGCAAAGUGAUUGCCUUUCUGGGGGUUUUGUCCUGUUUCCACACUGCUUUCAUGCUCUUCUGCAUCAGUGUCACCAGAUACUUAGCUAUCGCCCAUCACCGCUUCUAUACAAAGAGGCUGACCUUUUGGACGUGUCUGGCUGUGAUCUGUAUGGUGUGGACUCUGUCUGUAGCCAUGGCAUUUCCCCCGGUUUUAGACGUGGGCACUUACUCAUUCAUUAGGGAGGAAGAUCAAUGCACCUUCCAACACCGCUCCUUCAGGGCUAAUGAUUCCUUAGGAUUUAUGCUGCUUCUUGCUCUCAUCCUCCUAGCCACACAGCUUGUCUACCUCAAGCUGAUAUUUUUCGUCCACGAUCGAAGGAAAAUGAAGCCAGUCCAGUUUGUAGCAGCAGUCAGCCAGAACUGGACUUUUCAUGGUCCUGGAGCCAGUGGCCAGGCAGCUGCCAAUUGGCUAGCAGGAUUUGGAAGGGGUCCCACACCACCCACCUUGCUGGGCAUCAGGCAAAAUGCAAACACCACAGGCAGAAGAAGGCUAUUGGUCUUAGACGAGUUCAAAAUGGAGAAAAGAAUCAGCAGAAUGUUCUAUAUAAUGACUUUUCUGUUUCUAACCUUGUGGGGCCCCUACCUGGUGGCCUGUUAUUGGAGAGUUUUUGCAAAAGGGCCUGUAGUACCAGGGGGAUUUCUAACAGCUGCUGUCUGGAUGAGUUUUGCCCAAGCAGGAAUCAAUCCUUUUGUCUGCAUUUUCUCCAACAGGGAGCUGAGGCGCUGUUUCAGCACAACCCUUCUUUACUGCAGAAAAUCCAGGUUACCAAGGGAACCUUACUGUGUUAUAUGAGGGAGCAUCUGUAAAUCUUUAGCCUUGUGAAAACUAACCUUCUCUGCUGAGCAAUUGUGGCCCAUAGCCAUAUUUUGAGAAGAAAUUCAAGAAUGGAAUCAGCAGUUUUAAGGAUUUGGGCAACAUUCUGCAGUCUUUGCAAUAGUUCACCUAUAAUCCUAUUUUAAAUCUCAGAGUGAUCCUGCUGACUGCCAGCGAAGGUUUGUAAUUAAGAAAGGACUGAACCACUGCCCUAAGUUUCUUUAUGUGGUCAAAAACUAGAUAAUGAAAGUAGCAGGUGCUAAGUAUCAGUGCUAAAUGCUCUGUAUGUCACUACAUAUGAAAAAACAUCAAAAAACAAUUAGCAUUGGACAUCUUAAUAAAUUAAGUUGAUAUGAGGUAAAUGUGUUGAUAAAAACUAAUUUUAGAAGUUUGAAGACUUUAAAACAUUUCAUACUAUUAUUGUUUUGCAAAGACUAAAAUAUUUGGGGACUUAAAGUACUGUAAUCCACUAAAGACGUGCCAAUGAAUUAUUGGAAUAUCACACUUUAAAAACCGCCUUGUAAGUUCUAGGGAGCAUUCCAAAGCAGUAUAUUGGUUCCAAUUAGAGUUUACUUUUUUUGUAUUAAUACAUUGCUAUUUCUAAAUACCACUUUCCUUAUCUACUAGUAAGAUUGCUAGCAUUGAACUGUAUUAUGUGGUUUUUGUUGAUUUGGUAUAAAGUUUUUCCAAUUCAUUUAUAUUUUACAAAUGCUAGAUAUUGGUCUGGGAGGCAACAUUAAUGGUAGCAACCUGUCACAACGGAGCAGUUCUAAUAAUGCAGAAUAAACACAUGUUGCCUUAAAGGGUUAUCUAGUAUCCUUCAUCUUAUUUAGCAUUGGAGCAAAUAGCCAAGGGAAAUCAAAUCAGUAACCGGUCAUGAUCAUGCAUCUGAAAGUGCAUGGAAGAUCAUUUAGUAAUUUUUCCUUUUUUCUCACAUGGUUUGAAACUUAAAGUGCACAUCACUGAAAUAAUGAGAUUUUCUUCUGAGGUGUGCUACCCUUUCUAAAGUGUUCUAAGAAGCAGGCAGUUAAUGUAUGUUUAUAUUUUAAGUCAGCUGUUAAGGGGAGACCACAGCCUUAGUAUGACAUCCUGCACAAUUUGUGAAGCAUUUAUUCUACUGAAGGCACAGUCUUGUUUAUACUUUCUGCACAUUCAGUGUAUUGGUAGUUUAAAUUAUUUCAGUUUUGACUUGUGAAAGCUCUUAUAAUAUGAUUUCUGGUAUUUUAGAAAUACAUUAGAGUCUGUGAGUCUCAUUCUUUAAGAUACAGAUGUGUGAACUUCAAUAUAAAGUUGCAUUUGCCAAAA